AUGGUUCCAUCUAACGUGAAUUUGCUGGAAUACCUUCGCUCCAAGACGCAAAUUGAUCUGGACACUUUUGACGUGACAGUCGUUGAGGAAUUCGGCAAAUGCGUCGACUGCACAUCAAACCAGUAUGAAUACUACACGGAGCUCGCGAAGCCAGCCAGAAAGGACAUCUUAGAGAAGACGCUGGAGCUGUCCUCGAAUCUCCAUGAAGACUUCCGUGAGGUGACAUUUGAAGAACUGGCAGUGGAAGUCUCAGCAGUCCUCCUGGGCCAUGAAAUGCUACCAGCCUUCACAGGGUGUCUCCACGUCAUGGCAAAUCCCAAUUACGCUUAUUCGAGACAGAAGGUCGUUGAGACUGCGAAAAGAAUCCACAGCAUAUUCGCCCUCAUCGAUCCGUUCUUCCCCACUGCUCGGAUCGUAAUCAAGGUCGCUGCAACCUGGGAAGGCCUCCAGGCAUGUCGAGAACUACGAGACUACGGCAUAAAGACGCUCGCGACAACAGUGUUUACUAUGGAGCAGGUUAUCUUAGCAGGAGAGGCUGGAUGCGUGUCGAUCUCGCCGUUCAUACACGAGCUGCGGAUCCUCCUUGAACCGGAGGACCCUCAUCCGCAACUCGGCCUCUGCGUUCAGGCUCAGGAGUACUACAAGCGAGAGUCUCUGCCGACCAAGGUCAAGGCCUGUGCGAAUGCCAGUCUCGAUGAGCUUGUACAGCUUGCUGGGGUUGACGCCCUUACGAUCGUACCGGGUGACCUAGAAGCGCUCAAGUCUACUUGUCGAGACACAAAAGAAGUAACUGGCAUGUCCCUGUUCAAGGCCGAUGGCUCCGCCCAAGAUGAGAUCCAGGUGUCUUAUAUCAAUGAUGAGGGUAAGUACCGUGCGGACUUUGGGCGGGCACAAGAUGGAAGAGCGCAGGGAAAGCUUGCUGAGACCAUUGAUAUCUUUCGUGACUUUCAAACCAAGGCUGAGGCUGUGAUCAGGAAUGCCAGGGCGUAA